AUGGAGGCACCAACUAUGUUUGGUGAUUUGAGAACUCGGCACCCUUUGCCCACCUUGGAUACUGUGCGAGCGAUGAUCGAUGUUGGCAACCUGAGUCCGAUUGAGUUUCUACGUCAGAGAGGCUUGGGUGAUGUGGUUUUUGGGGGGGUGAUACUUGAGGUUCGUGAUAAGGGUUUACUCAUGGAUCUGGCUGUGUGUCGGGAGGGCCUCUUUAAAGUUAGUAGAAUCCUCAAGAAUUGGGGAAUACCAUACUACAAAUCCGAGGGUAGCUGCCUGGAGGUGCACAGUGACAGCUAUCAAACCUCAUGGCUUAUCGAACUGCGUCUAAUCUAUGUUACGGAGUACGCAAGUUGUUUAGAUGCAGCGAAAGGGGCCAUAUUCGCGAAAGAUCAGUCGGUCUACCAGUGGUUUGAGUCAAACAUCUUUCGCCUUUCGACCAGAAUCAACGCGGCACACAACAUGGCACAGGAUGAGGCAGAGAAUAUGUAG